AUGGGUAUCAAAGGACUCACAGCAUUACUGGCGGAACACGCGCCAAAGGCUAUAACAGUGUGUUUAGGGCCCAUGCCCUGCAAACGUCGCGAACACGACAUCAAACAUCUUUUUGGGCGAAAAGUCGCCAUCGACGCGUCGAUGAGCAUUUACCAGUUCUUAAUUGCAGUAAGGCAAAGGGAUGGAGAGAUGCUCACGAAUGACGCGGGCGAAACUACUAGCCAUCUCAUGGGGUUCUUCUACCGGACGAUCCGGAUGGUUGAGCAAGGAAUCAAACCCAUGUAUGUGUUUGAUGGAAAGCCCCCGGAUCUAAAAGCAGGCGUGUUAAAGGAACGAUUUGCCAAGCGAGCUGAGGCGAAAGAAGAGGGCGAGGAAGCUAAAGAAGUUGGCACGGCUGAAGAUGUCGAAAAGCUGUCUCGACGACAAGUUCGUGUCACAAAGGAGCAUAACGCAGAAUGCCAAAAACUUCUUGGUUUGAUGGGGAUACCAUGCUUCAUCGCACCAUCUGAAGCUGAGGCACAGUGCGCUGAAUUAUGCAGGGGUAACAAAGUCUUUGCUGCAGGAUCGGAGGAUAUGGAUACGUUAACGUUCAACUCCCCUGUGUUACUUCGUCACUUGACUUUUAGCGAAGCAAAGAGGAUGCCCAUCAGCGAGAUAAGGCUAGAUAAGGCACUCGAGGGUCUUGAAAUGAACAUGUCCCAGUUUAUCGAGCUCUGCAUACUACUGGGUUGUGACUAUCUUGAACCAAUCAAAGGAAUCGGUCCCAAGUCGGCCCUGAAACUGAUGAAGGAGUAUGGAUCACUGGAGCAGGUGAUCGUUCAUUUACGGGAGAAGCAGGCUGAGAAGGAGCGACAAAACGCAAAAGCGCUUGCAAAAGCGGAGGAGGAAGGCGUCAAAAAAGGGACUGGGGGCAUACAUGUACCGGAUGAAUGGCUGUGGGAAGAGGCAAAGAAACUGUUCGAGAAACCGGAUGUGACCCCGGCUAGUGAGAUUGAGCUCAACUGGGCACCACCUGAUGUUGAGGGUCUCGUCGAUUUUCUCGUUCGGGACAAAGGCUUCAACGAGGACCGCGUUCGUAAAGGUGCCGAGAAGCUCACGAAGAUGCUGUCUGCGAAACAACAGGGUCGAUUGGAUGGAUUCUUCGCCAAGGUUCCAGCCAAAUCUCCAUCCAAAGAUACCAAGGGGAGCGAUAAGGGUAAGGGAACGAAGCGCAAGGUGAGCAUCUGGGCUGCAGACAUGACCCUUGAUGGUGAAUUUGUAUCCGAUGUCACUGACACUCGCACCCCAUCGCCGCAGAACGAGGAUAAGAAGGGCUCACAGUCUAAAAAAGCUAAGAGAUGA